AUGGCGCAAAGGAGUUUUAAAAGUACGGUCUCCACCAUACCUACAGACAGAAUAAACCAGGCUGAUCUAGAGGAAGCUACAGAUAGAAAACAACAGGCUGAUCUAGAGGAAGCUACAGACAGAAUACAACAGGCUGAUCUAGAGGAAGCUGCAGACAGAAUACACCAGGCUGAUCUAGAGGAAGCAACAGACAGAAUGCAACAGGUUGAUCUAGAGGAAGCUACAUACAGAAUAUACCAGUCUGAUCUAGAGGAAGCUACAGACAGAAUACACAAGGCUGAUCUAGAGGUAGUUACAAACAGAAUACCCCAGGCUGAUCUAGAGGAAGCUACAGACACAAUACACCAGGCUGAUUUAGAGGAUGCUACAGACAGAAUACACCAGGCUGAUCCAGAGGAUGCUACAGACAGAAUACAACAGGCUGAUCUAGAGGAAGCUGCAGACAGAAUACACCAGGCUGAUCUAGAGGAGGCAACAGACAGAAUGCAACAGGUUGAUCUAGAGGAAGCUACAUACAGAAUAUACCAGUCUGAUCUAGAGGAAGCUACAGACAGAAUACAACAGGCUGAUCUAGAGGAAGCUACAAACAGAAUACACCAGGCUGAUCUAGAGGAAGAUACAGACAGAAUACACCAGGCUGAUCUAGAGGAAGGUACAGACAGAAUACACCAGGCUGAUCUAGAGGUAGUUACAAACAGAAUACACCAGGCUGAUCUAGAGGAAGCUACAGACAGAAUACACCAGGCUGAUCUAGAGGAAGCUACAGACACCAUACACCAGGCUGAUUUAGAGGAUGCUACAGACAGAAUACAACAGGCUGAUCUAGAGGAAGCUACAGAAAGAAUAUAUCAGGCUGAUCUAGAGGAAGCUACAGACAGAAUAUACCAGGCUGACCUAGAGGAAGCUACAGACAGAAUACAACAGGCUGAUCUAGAGGAAGCUACAGAAAGAAUAUACCAGGCUGAUCUAGAGGAAGCUACAGACAGAAUACAUCAGGCUGAACUAGAGGAAGCUACAGACAGAAAACACCAGGCUGAUCUAGAGGAAGCUACAGACCCCAUACACCAGGCUGAUUUAGAGGAUGCUACAGACAGAAUACACCAGGAUGAUCUAGAGGAAGCUACAGACAGAAUAAACCAGGCUCAUCUAGAGGAAGCUACAGACAGAAUACACCAGGCUGAUCUAGAGGAAGCUACAGACAGAAUAAACCAACCUGAUCUAGAGGAAGCUACAGACACCAUACACCAGGCUGAUCUAGAGGAAGGUAUAGACAGAAUACACCAGGCUGAUCUAGAGGAAGCUACAGACAGAAUAAACCAACCUGAUCUAGAGGAAGCUACAGACACCAUACACCAGGAUGAUCUAGAGGAAGCUACAGACAGAAUAAACCAGGCUGAUUUAGAGGAAGCUACAGACAGAAUACACCCAGAAUACACCAGGCUGAUCUAG